GCGGACCCGUUCGGCAGGCUGCGUCGAAAUGCGGUCACCGUGUACAGGUCGUUCUCGCUCUUAGCUACCUUGGAUAAAGGAUAGGCUAGGCUAGAUAACAAUGGGUAACGAAAUCAGUACCUCAGCCCUGGACAGGGACCCCCGGGAUUGGGAGGGCGUAUUGUCUGAGGAAUGGCGCAGCGACCGCAUUCGGGAGCUGGACCGGCUCGGUGGCCUAAACAGACCACCGAUUGCUCGUGGUCAAAGCUUUUCAGCAAAGCUUCAGUUCCUCGCGGAGCAAGUGAAGAAGCAGGGCGAUGUAAUGCAGGAGAUGCUGGUGCCGCCGCCAGCGCCCAAGGUGGAGGCCAAAUACACGGGCUUCAUGCUAGCCACGGAGAAGCGAGCCUACGAGCGCAUGCAGCAGGAGCAGGAGCGGCAGGCGCAGAUCCAGCACAUCCUGGUCACGGAAGGACCGGAGGCGGCGGCGGCCGCGGCGGCGGGAAUGCCCCUGCCCAAACCGGGGGCCAUCUAUGACCGCGGGACGGCGCCGAAGCCGCCCACAUCGGGGCGCACCUCACACACCGGGGGUCGCCGUAUUACAGGCUCGGGCAUACCGGCAUCGGCGGCCGGGCCCAUCAUUAUGGUGGCGCCCUGGCGGCUGCGCAUGUGGGCGGCGCGGCGGCGCGUGAUGAUCAUCGUCAUGACCGUCAUGCGGCUGCAGCGCGGCAAGCGCCGGAACCGGGCCGGGAACAAACUGGACAACUUGGGUUUCAUGAUCCCGCGCGUGCUGGCGGACGACGUGCCGCGUUUCGUGGAGGAGCAGCGGAAGUAUGCGGGCAUCAAGGACGAGCUGGAGGCAGUCAAGCAAACAAUGGAGGACAUGAUGUGCCGCAACGGCAGCGGCAGCAGCGCCACCGGGGCGCUGACGGAGGAGCCGCCAUGGCCCGGAUCCGGAUCACCAGCGGCCUCGCGCCAGGGCAGCAUGGCCAACCGGCCGCCCGCCACGCCGCCCACCGGCCCCGGCGCGGGCGGCCUGGCGGGCGUGCGCAACAACGUGCUGUCAGUCGGGCGCCUCAGCGGCCGCAGCCGCGGAUCCGACAGCGGCGUGCUGGCGCAGUCCGCCAACCAGCACGUGGCGGCGGGCGUGUCGCCCAUGCGCAUGCGCACCACCACGGCCAGCGGCGCGCCCAGCAGCAGCCUGGUGGCGCCGGUGGUGCCGCCGUCCGGCGGCCCGCCGCAGCUGGGCAUGGUGGCCUCGGGCCCGGCCCGCCUGAGCACCAACGGCCUGGCAGUGCGGCUGGGGCUGAGCAGCAUGGCCGGCAGCGAUGACAGCGGGCCCGCCAGCCCGGCGGCGACGGCGGCGGCUAUUAAUAACCAUAACAGCCCGAAGGCAAACGGCGGCGGAGGGCCGCUGCACGGUCCGUUGGCAGCGCUGAUGAGCGGGCUGGGGCGGCGCAGCAGCACGCCGGGCGGGCUGGGCCUGUCGCCGCCGGCCAGCCGGGAAGGCUCGCUCACAGCAGCCGUGUCGCCGCUGGUAGUGCCGCCCAGUCCGCAGGGCCCGCGCCGGCCAUCCACAUUGGCGGCGCUGCCGCCGCCGCCCGCCUCCGUCACGCAACAGAUGGUGGGCGCGUCGACGGCGUCCACGGGCGGUCUGAGCUCGAUGGCGGCACGGCGCUUCAGCAGCCGGCCGGGCGCGGGCGCCCCAGCGGCGUCGGUUCCGCCGGGGCUGGUCACGACGGGCCCCACUGGGCCGCUGAAUGCGCGCGUAUCGGUCACUAGCGCCGUCGCGGCCAAGCACGGCCAGAUCAUGCAGAUCCAGUCGCAGAUCGACGCUGAGUCCAACAGCCUGAAGAAGAGCGGCCAGAUGCUGUCCAUGUUCAUCAACCGCGCCAAUGCCGCCUGGGCGGAGGCGCAGCAGUGGGGCACCGUGGACGCGCCGGCCGUGUCGGAGCUGGAGGCCUUCACCUACUCGGAGCAGUACCGCAUCUACCAGGCAGACCUGGUGCGGCGCCUGCGGCAGGGCACCAUCUGCCUGCAGGUGUUCGCAGGUGAGGACGUGCUGUCAGGCACGGAGAAGCGACCCAGCUCAGGACGGCACACGGGCGGCGCAGUCGCCGGCCCGGCGCCCGGGGCGGCGGCGGCGCUGCAGCCGCAGCCUCCGGCUGCGGAGCAGGGCAAGGGCGCGGCCAGCGGCGCAGGCGGCGGCGGCGGCAAGCCGGCCAGCGCGGGGCCGGCCGGCCGGCCGGUCAAGCCCAACAGCGCGGACAGCAAGCGGCUGGGUGGCACGACGUCGGGCGAGUACGCGCGGCGGCUGUCGCGACUGGACAGCGCCGGCAGCAACGCCAGUGGCUACAGCACGCCCGUAGGGGGAACCAGCAUCAGCGGCCACGCGGGCGGCACCGCGGCGGCGGCGGCCGCGGUGUCAGCGGCGGCGCUGCUGAACUCGCCGCGGCGGCGGGCGCACGACCUGUGGACAGCGGACCCGUGGGACCUGAUUGACCGCUUCCGGCCCGGCAUCAUGCCGCAGACGGACCGCAUUCAGGGCCCCACGCUGGGCGCGCGCAUCCUGUGUCAGCUGGCGCUGGCGGUGCAGCACCUGGCGGGGCCCGAGGCCAUGGCCGUCAUGCCGGUGCUGCUGCACAUCACCGAGGAGCAGAUGGAGGAGGUGGUGCAGGAGCUGUGGAGCUACAGGUUCUUCGGCCUGAAGCGCGAGAACGUGAUGCUGGUGGCCUCGCCGCUGCACACCGGCUACCGCUACAACCAUGAGUACAAGGUGUUCGAGAAGGAGUACAGCGGCGGGGCCACGGCGCCGCUGGGCAGCGGCUACAGCAUGCUGCAGCUCACCUGGGCGGGCGAGGCGUUCGUGGUGGGGCCGGACGGCGCGCCCGAGCCGCUGGACACGCCCGCGCUCACACUCAUGCAGGAGCGCAAGGUGGAGUGGCUGGUGGCUCGCCGCGCCCGCGACCUGGCGCUGCUGUCGCGCGAUGCCAUCCUGGACGUGCCCAUGCUCGCCUACUGCAUGGCGCUCAAGGACAGGUCCGGCGCGGGCGGCCUGGCCUCCGGCGGCGCCGCCGCCAGCGGCGGGCGCGCCAACAUCGUGAUGGAGGUGGCGGCCUGCGACAACCUCGUGGACGCCCGCGUGCUCGACUCCUUCGUCAUGCAGCGCGCGGGCUUCGCCAACGGCGGCGCCGGCCCCGGCCACCACCACCCGCACCCGCCCGGGCAGGUGCCGCCGCCGUCGCCUGGCGCGCACCCGCACCACGGCCACGGCUCGGGGCACGGGCAGGGGCACCACGGCAUCUCGCACUCGAGUUUCGUGAGCGGCGGCGCAUCGCCGGCGCCGCACCACACGGUGCCGGAUGCGGCCAACGCGGUGGUGGAGCUGCGGCUGGCGGAGCUGGGCACGCCCAAGAUGAUCGAGACCACCAACUACCUGAGGGCCAUUCGCGACGGACAGAUGACUGUGGGUCUGGGCCGCUACCUGCUGCACGUGCCCAGCCUGGUGCAGCUGAUGCCCAAUGCCUCGGCGCUGCGGCCCAAGCUGUCGCUGCACGAGGAGCUGGUGCGUGUCAGCCUGGACCUGGCGGACCUGACCGCCGCGCCGCGCGCCCGCACGCUGGCGGUGCACGCGCGGCUCAACCCCGGCGUGCUGCAGUCCGCGGACGACCUGGAGAAGGUCAUCCCCAUGCUGCAGGCGCAGGACCACGACGUCGCCUUCCGCGAGAUGCUCACCAGCAACCGCACCGAGGCGCAGGGGCUGGAGUUCGUGGCGUCACAGGCGGCGGGCAAGGCGGGCAGCGCGCAGGUGAUGGUGGUGUUCGUGCUGAACAACCGCGUGUCGGCCUCGGCGGUGGACGCGGCGGGUCUGGUGGCCAAGCCCGGCCGCGACUGCAUCCACCUGGUCACCUGCGUCAGCAACGAGCUGCAGAAGGCGGAGGCGGAGGAGGUGCUCAAGGGCUUCCAGAAGCGGCUGCUCAAGAGCAUGGUGGACACACACUGCGAGGUGCUGGUCCGCGGCGUGUGGGGCCUCAUCGACGUGAUGGACAACUACGUGUCGGCGGUGGACGCGCGCAUGGUGGUCAUGGGCAGCCAGCACCUCACCUCCAACGACUUCAACUACAUCAUCGGAUCCAUCACCCUGUCCGCCCUCAAGCGUCUGCACGUGCCCGUCAUGGUCGUCACCGCCAACUCCCGACAGAACUGCGCCAUUGGCUCGGAUUGGGAGGCCGCCGCCGGAGGCGGCGGCGCCGCAGGCGGCAAGAAGGGCGGCGCCGGAGGCGGCGGCGGCGCCAAGCCGGGGUCUGGUGGCGGCGUGCGGUGCCUGACGCUGGUGGAGAACCAGAACUACGCCAAGAACAUGAUGGGCUUCCUGUGCACGCAGCUGCUGGACGGCAAGCGCGGCGACCGGCUGCUGUUGGCGCAGGUGCAGGCCACGCGGCACCUGACUCGCGCACAGGCCGCCAGCGUGCGGCGCGCCCUGGACAAUUUCAACCUGCUGGCCACGGGGCACGGCUUCAACGUGAACCGCGUGCUGAGCCUGGAGGGGCAGCUGGACGAGGUGCUGACGGAGGCGGUGGGCGAGCAGCACAUACAGCUGCUGGCCAUGGCGCUGCCGCAGGGCACCAAGACGCUGCCGCCGGUGCUUAUCAGCACGUUGCGCUCCUGCCGCGGCGCCACGCUGGUCUACAAGGAGGCGAUAGGCGCCGCGCCGCGCACACCACAGGGCGGCGGCGGCGCCUCUCGCGCGGGCUUCGGUCCGGGCUCGGCGGCGGCCUCUGCCGCGGCGACAGCUGCGGCGAAUGAGAAGGCCGCUGCGUAGGCAGGCAUCUGCAUAUGUGUGUGGGUGGUGCAUGUGUGGGAGGGCCGGGCAGGUCAUGACCAAUAAAGCGCAGGCGUUCGUCUGCCUGAGCCUGUCAGCAGCAAUGCAUGCACGGGUGCGGGGCUGUGUGGUGCGGAUGGUGUAUGUGGGGCGUGCCCGCAUUCUGGGUUGCUGACGGGACAGAUAAUGGUGGCGGUAGACUUGAGCUGUGAGCUGCAUCGGGCGAGGCAGUGGUGGUAGUUGUGGAGAUGCAUUGCCGGAUGUCUUGGGGGUGCACACGAUUAUGACAGGAUGCUACACGUAUUCCUUUGUUGACGUUUUAAACUGCUGGACAUAAACUCUGUCGUUGGUUUUAGGACCCGCCGCCGUCGACGUGAAUCUCGCAUCCAUUCCAAAGUGGCAGGUUACGCAUGGCAAGCAAGUGGGGAGCUACACGCUUCGCGCACGUGUCUUGCCUGCUGCGGUCUGCGGGGCAUUCCUUUUCCGGCAGCCCCUGUAUGCGUAUGCAAACUGUCCUGUUUCUUGGAUUGAGCGGUGGUAUUUCCGGCGUACGCGGAGCCUUGGGGACGUUGGCCUCGUCACAGUGGCUGUGACAGCGGUGUCUGCUGUGCAUGGAUGUGAAUCAUCGUUAGGUGGGCUUGAUGGCGUCACGGUUUAUCGAGACAGCCACGAUGCCAACGCAGGGGCGAAGGUACAGACCCCAAAAUGGUAGCUGGGGCAAUCGACAAGGCGGUGCUCGUCAAGCACCUCCCCUGGUGCUCGCCGUCACGCUGCUGGUGCUGGUGCUGCUUUUGAACAAUGCUGGACACAGUGACGGCUGUUGGAUUAAAGUUAGGACUGACAUAGACAAAUGUGGGCCCUGGCGGCCAUGCUUGAGCUCAUUGGUUGGAUGUGUGGUGCGUGCUGUGUCUGUCCUGCUUUCACGCACGGCAGCGGGCGAACGCGCAGGCGAUUUUGUGGUAUGUUGUCUGAUGUCAGUUACACCUCUAGCAUAAACAGAUACGUAACUCUGGGAGCACCUCUAGCCUUGCACGUCCAGCCACCGGAAAUUUGACGCGUUGAGGGCCACAUGAAGCUCACAGGCAUGCUUGCAAGUUAAACGCUGGCAGCCCUACAAAGUUGACACAUGCAAAUGCAUGGAGUCCACUGGUGCAUUUGCCCACAAGAGUAUGCUUGAAGUGCGACGAUGCAUGUGGCAUCAAUUCAACUACGGUCCCUCUUGUAACCAAUUAGUUCC